AGUCACUCACAACAGGGAGGACAAGAAGACAACACACUUUACAACCUCUUGUGAAAACCUUUGGAACUAAUCCACCAGACAGCCGGGAAACAUCUCAUCAUGUGCAGAGGACUCGACUCGCUGCCCAUCACCUGCCUGGAGAGGGCAAAGGAGCUGAAAGCUUUGUUUGGAAGUUUGCUGCAGAAGUCAGAUCACAGCAUCGCAAAGAAAAAUGACAAACUCAAGUUUAGCGUCAAUGAGCCCCUGAAAUGGAAGGAGUCAUUUGAGAAACUGUUGUCCAGCCAAAAUGGACUGUGUCUGUUCAGAGCGUUUCUGGUGUCAGAGUUCAGUGAGGAAAACAUCGCCUUCUACUUGGCAUGUGAGGACUACAGGACGACGAAACCUUCAAAACUUGCAGCCAAAGCAAAGAAAAUCUACGACGAGUUCAUCGGCUCUGAUGCACCACGAGAGGUAAACCUCGACCAUGUGACCAAAGCGAUCACCAAGGAGAACGUGGAGCAGCCCACCCAGUCCUGUUUCGAUCUGGCCCAAGCCAAAAUCUACACCCUGAUGGAGAAAGACUGCUACCCUCGCUUCCUCAAAUCCCCCAUAUACCUGGAGCUGACGAGAAAGACCAAGAGAGGCUAACAGACUUUGUCCUGCAAGCAGCAGACAGAAUGUGAUUACUCCUCAAAGGGACAUAAGCUUAGGAACGCACAGUAAAGGUUCAGACAGAAGAAAUACCUCAGUCCAAGGAGUUUCUUGCCGGGUUGUGGAGUUAUUUCAGAGACAAGAGAUCUCCAGAGGCUCCACACAGAUCUACGAAGUCCGAGGUGGAAGCUAAAGGACACAUGAGGCUGUAAGAAGAAACUGACAGAGCUGCAGGCGACGUCUGCUCCUGAAAGAGACACGUGUACUGUUCACAAGACAGCGGCAUGAAUUUAAAAAAUGCAAACAUACAUGACUGAGUUGCUAUCACACAACAAAACUACCACUGAGAGACAGACGCCUCUCCAUAGCAUUAUUGAUUAUUUAUUUAUUUAUUUUAAAUAUAUAUGUUCAUUAAUUGAAUUUCUGCUGUAAAACUGGUUGUUGAAUGUCUAUUUGUAUUUAUGCUGUUUUUUUUUUUCUUUUAAUCCAAAGUACUGUAUGUAAAAGUAAAGAAUAAAAACUUUCCUGAGACAGAA